GGCGGAUGUGGUAAGGAGUUCAGUUAGAAACAGGAAGCUCUUUCUGCUCUCCCCCUUCACAGCUCUGUUACAGUAACCUGUCUGUAAGUGGAACUGUCAGUGAGAUGGUGGUGGCCUGAAGAGGCUUUACUAAAGGCAUGAUAGCCAUCUUCAGCCUACAAGGAGCUGUCCUGGCCAUUGUGUCUGCGGCAUCUCUCAGUGUCUUCUCUGCUUUCUGUCUGUGGUGCAGGAGGAAAACCAAAAUAAUACAUGAAGAGAAUCAAAUUUAUGACCCUCAAAUAUUCCAACGCGAAGGAAGCAGAUUUGCAGUAAUGCGAUCUAAAACAGUCACACGACCCAACCAGAUUAUAAGAGAGCUGCCUCCAACACCAGUGGAACAAACACCACAAGUUGUGAAUGAGGAGCAAGCGAAGUAUCAAAAUGUUGCAACAGCUCAGAUGGGAAGCGUUGAACCAACAUAUGUAGAUCCAAUCCCAGCGUUAGUGUACCAGAAUGUUAAUGAGAGUACAAAUGCAGACACCAGAGAUUCAGAAACGGAUGGUGAUCAAUAUGAGAAUGUUUUUCCAACUAUUGACACAAUCAGCCGUGGCUCUGAUGGAUCAGAUUACGAGAACUCUGAAUUCCUGGAGCAAGUGAAGAUGGGGUUAGAACCGUUAGAGGACGAUGAACCAGAUUACGUGAACGACACUGACUGAUAUGGAAUCUACAUGCUCUACGAGUGGAUAUCUAUGGGAAUGGACUUUUCUCUUUUGUUGAGCUGCUUGAAUAAAUAUUAAGUGAUAAUGAUA